AUGGAGAAAAGACAAAGGCCAAACGUUUUUCUACUCCUCAUAGGCCUUCUGUCCUUGGGACUGCCAACUUCGAAAUCAUGUCAGGAAAUGACGAACUCCGAAGUCACCCAAGAUUGGUGGCAAUCGGCUCAAUUUUAUCAAAUCUAUCCCCGAUCCUUUAUGGAUUCCGAUGGUGAUGGCAUUGGAGAUUUGAAAGGCAUUGCUUCAAAAUUGCAAUAUCUCAAAGAUAUUGGGGUGACGGCGGCCUGGCUAUCGCCCAUCUAUACCUCGCCUAUGGUGGACUUUGGUUAUGACAUUUCCAACUUUUUUGACAUCCAACCGGAAUAUGGCACCCUGGAGGAUUUCAGGCAACUAAUUGCCAAGGCCAAGGAAUUGGGUUUGAAAAUCAUUUUGGAUUUUGUACCCAAUCAUUCGAGUACUGAAAAUGAGUGGUUCAAGAAGUCGGUAAAUCGUGAGCGGGGCUAUGAAGACUACUAUGUGUGGUCCAAUGGCAAGGUGGAUGAAAAUGGCCAAAGGCAACCGCCCAGCAAUUGGUUGUCCGGUUUUCGUGGUAGUGCCUGGCAAUGGAAUGACCAACGGCAGCAAUACUAUCUCCAUCAAUUUGCGGUACAGCAAGCCGAUCUGAAUUAUCGCAAUCCCGAUGUGGUGGACCAAAUGAAGAGGGUCCUCAGAUAUUGGCUAGACAUGGGGGUGGAUGGUUUUCGCAUCGAUGCUGCCACUUUGCUUUUUGAGGCCCAGCCAGAUGAGAAUGGCAUCUAUCCCGACGAGGAGGUAAGUGGUCUGACCGAUGACAAGGAGGACAGGAAUUACUUGAAAAUGGAAAAGGUGGAUCUGCAACCCGAGUCCAUUGACAUGAUCUAUCAAUGGCGCCAGGUGAUGGAUGAUUAUCAAAGGAUACAUGGUGGUGAGACGAGGGUUCUACUCAUCGAAACCUAUGCCCCCAUGUGGUAUACCAUGCAAAUGUAUGGCAACUCUACCACCAAAGGAGCAGAGUUGCCAUUCAAUUUUAAUUUAAUUACCGAAGUGGAUACCGGCUUCACAGCAGGAGAUGUUCAAAAGGCGGUCGAUGAUUGGCUAACAAAAAUGCCUGCUGGGGGCACUGCCAAUUGGGUGAUUGGUAAUCAUGAUAGGCGCAGGGCAUCCAGCCGUUAUGGCCAACAUAACAUUGAUGCCAUGAAUAUGUUGGUAAUGAUGCUGCCCGGGGCCAGUGUCACCUAUCAGGGCGAGGAGCUAGGCAUGACUGAUGGCGUGAUAUCUUGGGAGGACACUGUGGAUCCGGCAGCCUGUAACUCUAAUCCUGAGAUUUUUGAGAAUCUCACACGUGAUCCCUGUCGCACCCCCUUCCAAUGGAGAUCGGCGAAAAAUGCCGGCUUUUCGGAGGGAAACAAGACAUGGCUACCCUUGGCCGGGGACUAUAAGACGGUCAAUGUGGAAAUGGAAUUGGCGGCGAAUAAGUCGCAUUUGAAAAUCUACAAGGACUUGGUGCAGUUAAGGAGGGCCUCAAAGACCCUGCAACAGGGAGCCUAUAAAUAUAAGGCCCUCAAUGAUGGGGUUUUUGUGCUGAAAAGGUACUUAGCGGGAGAGGAAACCCUGCUAUUCGUGGCCAAUUUCGGUGAGGGAUCCUAUAGCGUAAAUGCAUUGGAAAAUUUCGAUACCACCCUGCCUUCGUCGAUGAAUGUAAAAAUCAGCAGUCUGGACUCAAAGAAAUAUGCCGGAAUUCCUGUGAAUCUUGAUAAGAUUGCUCUAGAGGCUGGAGAGGCCUUGGUUUUAGGAACGAAAUAAAAUUCGAAAAAUUAAAAGAAGAUUGUAAAGUUAUUAAAAAAAUAA